AUGCGACGCACCAAGGGGCAUGCGCUCCGUAUGGUUGCCAAGCAUCGCCUUUGCGCCAAACUUUUCCCUUUCGGCAUAAUAUUUAUCGAGCCCAUUAUGAUUCUAUCGCGCACCAAAUCGGAAUCGGCUAAAGGUAACCGUGGCUCGGCCAGCUCUAGCGGUACCAAAACGGCCAUUGUACCGACAUUUGAGGAAUUUCUUCUCAAGCGUGACUACGUCGGAGCGAAAACAGUCUUGCAGUGCUCAAAAGAUUACGAUGAAAUUCUGGAUUCUCUAAAGCAGCUGUGGGUAGCCUUUUGUGACUUUCACAUAGGCGACUACAAGGAUUCCUUGCAGCAGUACGAGAAAAUCUACGCAGCAGAUCGAACUCAAAACGAGGUUGCGUUAAACAUCUGUGUGUGUAUGUUCUAUCUGGGGAUGUAUGAAGAGGCACAGAAGCUAGUGGAGGAAUUACCCGAGAGCCCCCUGAAAAUUCGUUUACUGUUUCAUUUGGCACACAAAUUGGGCGAGGAAGAUCGCCUCAUGGAGCUGCACGGAUCACUGCGUGAUGUUGUCGAAGACCAACUUAGUCUUGCCGGCAUGCACUAUCUUCGGUCACAUUACCAAGAAGCGAUUGACAUUUACAAGAGGGUUCUUCUAGACAACAAAGAUUUGUUGGCUCUAAAUGUUUAUAUCGCGAUAUGUUACUACAAAUUGGACUAUUACGAUAUUUCACAAGAAGUUUUGGAUUUAUACUUGAAUCAACAUCCGGAUAGUACAAUCGCUAUCAAUUUAAAAGCCUGUAAUCGAUUUCGUCUCUUUAACGGUCGAGCAGCGGAGCAGGAAAUUAAAAACAUUGUCGAUAAUGGAACGUUCGGAGCAGAUCUGAUAAAACACAAUUUGGUAGUAUUUUGCAACGGUGAAGGGGCACUACAAGUCCUUCCCAAAUUGAUCGACAUUAUCCCAGAAGCUCGGCUCAAUCUAGCUAUUCAUCAUCUUCGGCGUGGAGAAAUUCAGGAAGCACACCAAUUGAUGAAAGGAGUUCAACCUUCUGUUCCACAGGAGUACAUUUUGAAAGGGGUUGUUCAUGCGGCGCUGGGUCAGGAAACGGGCUCGAAGGAGCACUUGAAAAAUGCUCAACAGUGUCUUCAUCUGGUCGGAGGAUCAGCUUCCGAAUGUGACACCAUUCCGGGGCGACAGAGCAUGGCAUCGGCUUUCUUUCUGUACGGACAGUUUGAAGAGGUUCUGGUUUACUUGAAUUCCAUUCGGAGCUAUUUUGUCAACGACGAUGUAUUCAACUAUAACUACGCCCAAGCUAAAGCUGCUACCGGUUAUUACAAAGAGGCCGAAGAAUUACUAUUGCAGAUUCACGAUAUAACGAUUAAAACCGAUCACACCUACGCUAUGGUACUGGCAAAAUGUCACAUCCAUGCGGGACACGCCGACCAAGCUUGGAAUAUUUUUCUAACUAAGGAUUCAACGCCGGAAGCUUUCGCACUGCUGCAGUUGAUUGCCAACGACAGCUACCGGGUCGGUGAAUUCUGGGUGGCCGCCAAAGCAUUCGAUACGCUUGAGAAAUUGGACCCGAACCCGGAGUACUGGGAGGGAAAACGCGGGGCAUGCGCUGGGGCCGUUCAAGCCAUACUGGCCAAACGCUCCAGUGGGGCACCACCGGGGGGUGUCGCCGAAGUGAUUGCACUGCUGCGUGAUUCCACUAACACCCAGGCGGAAAGCAUGCUGCGGACGAUUAGACGCUUUGCCAGCAGCAUCAAAUAA